CCGAGUGGCUCCUUCCGCUCACGGAUCACGCGGCACGCUGCGCGCUGGCUGGCGGCUCGUGCAGAGAUGGCUGCCACCCUGCAGCGCAUCGAGCGGCUGUCCAGUCGAGUGGUGCGCGUCCUGGGCUGUAACCCGGGCCCCAUGACCCUGCAGGGCACCAACACCUACCUGGUGGGGACCGGCCCCAGGAGAAUCCUCAUUGACACUGGAGAACCAGCAAUUCCAGAGUACAUCAGCUGUUUAAAGCAGGCUCUGACUGAAUUUAACACAGGAAUUCAGGAAAUCGUAGUGACUCAUUGGCACCGUGAUCACACUGGAGGCAUAGGAGAUAUUUGUAAAAGCAUCAGUAAUGAUACUACAUUUUGCAUAAAAAAACUGCCAAGAAAUCCUCAGAAAGAAGAAGUUAUAGGAGAUGGAGAACAACAGUAUGUGUAUCUGAAAGAUGGUGAUCUCAUUAAAACCGAGGGUGCCACUCUCAGAGUUAUAUAUACACCUGGCCAUACUGAUGAUCAUAUGGCUCUACUUUUAGAGGAGGAAAAUGCUCUCUUUUCUGGAGAUUGCAUCCUAGGGGAAGGGACAACUAUAUUUGAAGAUCUCUAUGAUUAUAUGAAUUCCCUGAAAGACUUAUUGAAAAUCAAAGCUAAUAUUAUAUACCCAGGACAUGGCCCAGUAAUCCAUAAUGCUGAAGCUAAAAUUCUACAGUACAUUUCUCACAGAAAUACAAGAGAAGAGCAAAUUCUUACAGUAUUUCGUGAUGAUUUUGAGAAAUCUUUUACAAUAAUGGAGCUUGUAAAAAUUAUUUACAAGAAUACACCUGAGCAUUUACAUAAAAUGGCUGAACAUAAUCUCUUGCUUCAUUUGAAAAAGUUGGAAAAAGAAGGGAAAAUAUUUAGCAACACAGAACCUGACAAGAAAUGGAAAGCUAAUCUUUAGUUUCAGAUUUCCAUAAGCUUUUGUUUUCUUUUCUUUGUAGAUGAUAAUAUGUCUUCUUAACUAUGAAUUAUUCACAGAGAAUAUAGCAUUAAGAACAUUGAAAUUAACCAUA